AAGGGGUCAAUGACAGAUUUUCUAACCUGGUCGUCGACUUUAACGAAUAAUAUCUCGGUUUGCGGGGCAGAGCGACGCUUUUUCUGCCAGAUUCUUUCGUUUCAUGCAAAAACGCGUCGAAUAAUCUCAAUUUUAUUGAUUUUUGGGUUGCGAAAGCUGAACUAUAAUUACCCUUUAUUUAUUUUUACGUGAAAACGUAUCGAAUGAAUGUAUUUUUAUCAAAAUUUGAGGUGAAGGGGAUAUUCUUAAUAUUUACCAAUAUCAGCGUAUCAAAUGCUUAAUGUAAACUGGCCAGUUGCAAGCUUCUACAAUUAUCUCGUUUCGCAGGGAAGACUGCAUUUUUCUGCCGGAUUCUAUCGUUUCGAAUGAAAACGCGUCGAAUAAGUAUAUUUUUAUCAAGUUUCGCAAUCUAAAUAAUUACCAAAUACAGUUGUAGUGUGUUAAAAAUAUUCAGCUGUGUACAUGGAUGCAUUACAACUAAGAAAUUUUAAAGACUUUCUUUUGCUGUACAACCAAAUAUCUGAAAUGUGUUUCAAAAAAUGUGCAAAUACUUUUCUGUCUCGAGAAAUUACUCCUGAUGAAGACGUAUGCAUAAAUAAUUGUGUACAGAAAUACAUCUACACUAAUCAUAAGAUAAUGGAAAUAUUCAUGGAAGUACAACCUAAAAUGGUGCACAAAAGAAUGGAGGAGAUAAACAUGGCUCAAACAGCAUUAGAAGCACAAGAUCAGCAAAUCAAAGUGGAGCAGAAUCUACAAUAAUACAUGUUUAUCAGUUAUAUGCAAUAUAUUUUUUAAUUUGUCAAAUAUUUUUUAAUUU